AUGGUGUUCGACGCAGCUGCUGAGGUGGACGGUGUGUCCCUUAAUUCACAGCUUAUGAAGGGUCCGCAAGAGUAUCGGUCUUUGCCUGCUAUACUAUUCCACUUUCGGGAAGGAGCAACGGGCGUGUUUGGGGACAUUAAAGAGAUGUUUCACCAGGUGCUGGUUCAACGUGACGACAGAUGUGCGCAACGAUUUCUUUGGCGCCAAGGUGAUACUACCAGACAGCUCGAGGUAUAUGAGAUGCGCGUAAUGACCUUUGGAGUAGCAUGUUCGCCUUGUGCCGCCAAUUAUGUGAACACGAUCAAUGCGUUGGAAUAUUGCAACAAAGUCAAGGGUGCUACCCGAGCCGUGAAAUCGAUACUGGACUACCAUUAUGUCGAUGACUAUGUCGAUAGCUUUGACACAGAGGAAGAAGCAGCUGACAUAACGAAACAAGUUCGAGCAAUACAUAAGAUGGCCGGUUUCGAUCUUUGUAAUUUCGCGUCAAACUCAUUAAGAGUGACAGAAGCACUUAGUGGUGACGGGAAUAUCCGUCAAAUAGCAAAUAAAGAAAGAGUACUGGUGGACAGAGUCCUCGGUUUGUUUUGGCAGGCAUCAACCGACACUUUUGGGUUUAAACUGAGAUUCAACAACGUAGAUUCCAACGUUUUGGACGGAGGGCGCCGUCCGACGAAGCGAGAACUUUUCAGUGUGGUCAUGUCGAUCUUCGACCCGCUGGGCUUUCUUAGCAACUUUGUAGUGAGCGCUAAGAUCCUCAUGCGGGAAGUGUGGAAGAAUGACAUCCGGUGGGACGAGCCACUGCCAAACAACGUAAACACCGCAUGGGAAAGAUGGCGUAAACAACUGUCAAUGGUCGCCGAAUAUACCGUCCCUCGAUACUAUUAUCGAAAUGGGAAACCUGAAGUUUUGCAGCUCCAUGUUUUCGUCGACGCCAGCGAGGAUGCCUUUGCCGCGGUAGCCUACUGGAGGUCAACUAAUGCCGCCGGUGAGGUUGAAGUCGCAUUUAUAUCUGCAAAAACUAAAUGCGCGCCGAUGAAGUCAUUGACGGUCCCUCGAUUGGAGCUUCAGGCAGCUGUAUUGGGUACGCGUUUGAUGAAUUGCCUACGAGAGGAGCACUCCUUGCACAUCGAUGACUGCGUCAUUUGGAGUGACUCCAAAACAGUGAUCCAGUGGCUUCGCAGUGAACAUCGGCGCUAUAAGCCAUUUGUGCAGCAUCGGAUCGCCGAGAUAUUAGCCACAACUACUACUGCAAAUUGGAGAUGGCUACCUACCGAGCACAAUGUCGCUGAUGAGGCUACUCGAGCUAAUAACUUUGUCGACUUCAGCUCGUCCGCCCGUUGGUCCUGCGGCCCACCAUUUUUGUUACGAGAAGAGCAGUAUUGGCCGACAGAGAGCUCUACAUGCAAUCAUCAUGAGGAAGCUGACAAGGAACUACGUCCUUAA